AGUAAAAUGACUAGAAAGCGAAUCAAUAAAUUAGCGGCCAUUGUCAAGUGUCAUAUAUACAUAUAUUAAAUAAUAUAUAUACAUAUGUAUUCCAACUCUCGACAAAUCCUUAUCCGUGGGAGCGAAUUUACUCAAACAUCGACCACCAAACAGGUAUCAAGUCAAGUCCAAGUACGUGUACUUAGUUUUAGUACAUAGGACAUAGCGGUACCGAUGCGACACCGGCCGUCAGUCGCAACCAGCACCAGCACCAUCAGUAUCCAGCAUUGAAGUGAAACAUUACUUAUAUCUUGGAACGUAGCAGGAAAAUUAAGCCAAGUCCUCGAUGUAAGCCAGCAGUCUUCAUUUUAUUCAGUUGUGUCUGUCACGGACAUUAACCAUUUCAUAAUUGUAAUUAUUGUUGUUAUUAUUAUUGGAUGUAAACACAUGGAUUCGUACAAGUGUGAGGAUACAGAGUCUUUUAUCAUUAUAACUGUACCGCGGUUAAAGCCAUUAUUUUCACCUGGUGUGCGCGCUUAUCAAGUGCAAUUAUAAAUCAUUAACACAACCGGGUAAUUAUUUUAUUAAUUAAAAGGUAUUUAGCAAGCUAAAUGUCACAAAAAAUUAAUUAUGAUAAGUGACAAGUGCUGCUAAAAAAAAAAAGUGUGCUUAAUUGUUCGAUAAAUAAAAGACUGCUCCGAUUUAAAAAGUAUUAGACAUAUUUAUAAAUACCAAAUGAAAAUUCAGCUAAUUAACUACGAUUAAGUGAUUAAUAAGGUGAUUCAUAUUUAUCAUCAGCAUUAUUUACAAUAAAGAUAAAACAACGUAACGUGUGAUAAAUUAUAAGACACUAAUGUUUUACAUAACUAUUUUUACUUUAUCCGUAGCAACAGUGAUAGUGAUAAAAAUUAAAUAGCAUUUAAUUAAUUACCGUAAUUGUAUUUAUAUUAAGUAAUAAGAAAAAUGGCAAUGGCACUGGAGCCGAUUUGUGAUAAAAAAUCAACGAGAUGUCUAAAAAUUCCGCUCAAGUCUACGGAACAAAUUUACCUUGUAUUUUUAAUACCGACGAUAGUCAGCUGCUGUAUUUACAUGAUAAACUUCUCGAGUGACCUGGUGGUGGCGAUUCAGCAUUUUCGAGAGAACAACCCAAUAUGGGGUGGCUUGACCAUCGGGUUGAUGUAUGCUCCCGCGGUGGCUUAUUUCGUGCUAACAGUCUCCAGACCCGACUGGUGGAUGACUGAGGACCAAAAAGUCACCAAGGGUGUGAUUGCCUGGUUCUUUAUUCAGCUGUGUCAGCUUGUUGCUUUUCCAUUUUUUGCUUUAUACAGAUUCGCUGGUCAAAUAGUUGUGAUAAUAGAUGCAAUAUUAUUGAGCGGUGAUGAAAGAAAUAAAUCAUUGAGUGUUGCUGCUGCACCAGCGGCUAUUGAAUUGUAUUUUUUUUUACAAUCGUGGUUUCAAGCUGCACCUCAAGCUAUUUUUCAGAUCCAUUUACUAUUAAGGGAGCGUUAUACUGAUCGUACAUAUCAGUCAAUUGUCGUUCAAGUACUCUGUAUUUUUAUGUCAAUUGUUGUAUUGGCAGUCCAAACUGCAUCGUUUCAAAGAUUUGAAAGUCAAAGAGCUAAUGGUCGUCGAUUACCAUGGGCAAUGUGGUUGAAAAAAUAUCAAUUGCAGGAACUUGGAAAUUUGGAUGAAAACAAACCAUUAAAACCACCAUCAUCACAAAACCAGGAUAUAAAUUUGAACCCUUCAGCAUUAUCAUCAAAACUAUCAAUAAUUCAGGAGACUGAAUUGACCCGCGUGACCCUGGAGCGGCAAAUAUCAUCAACACCACCAUUACCACCAAAAAAUGCUCAAAUAAUUCCGCCACCAGCCCCGUUGAGAGGAAUAACCAGCGUGACACCUCUGCCAGUUCCAGAAAUGCAAGCACCACCUCGUCCGGACUCAGUAAUCCGGGAGUCUUUGGAAGCCGAGACAGCCGCCGAAGACCCGGGAAAGUCCACCGAGAGGAUAGUCAACGACGAGUCGAGUCCUCAAGCGCCGAGUCGCUGGCGCAGUUUGCGCCUUCCUCGUCGCAUCGACUCAAUAAAAAUCGUCGAGGAAGACGACCCGGUGGGAAAAUUUGUUGCAUUUAUCUGGUGGUUCUUCUUCAUUCUCGCUCGUGUAUUCGCAAUAGCUCUGUUCUAUGAGUUUUACCCUCUCUGGCUCGCGGGAGUUAUCGCGGUACACUACGCGGUAAUGCUCAGCUAUUUAUUUUAUUACGCAAAAGACUUCAACAUCACAACGUUUAUUGUUAAUCUGUGGCUCGGCUCAGUUUAUAUAGUUAGUAUUAUCGAGUACCGCAUCAAGUUCAAGUAUGCCGACAAGUGGCUGCUAUUUUAUCACAUAUUUGUUAUUUUGCAAAAUACAGUAAUGACCGUGACUUGGUUCACCCUCGAAGACUGGGACAGUUUCUGGUACACUUAUAUGUUUUACGCUAUUUUUAUCAGUAUGGGUCUUUGCAUUCUAUCAGUUGGUGUAUAUCAUGCCAUUCUGAAACCAAAACAACGCCGUAUUUAUGCGAGUUAAUUAUUUAUUCUUUUAAUUUGGUGGAUAUUAAUUUGGGGGAACACCACUGUGACGAUCGAAAAAAAAAAAUUA